ACUGGAACAGCUGUUGUUGUUAUCGUCUAUCGAUGUAAACAGUCAUCGCUUGGUCAUCAUCUGGUUGAAUGUCCCGCAGAAACCAAAAUAAUGGAAACUUUUCUGGUGAAAGAUUACCCCGGUGCUGUGUCCGAUAUCAACGCGGUUUGUCGGUGCUGUCUGGCGUCGGAGAAGCUGCAGAAAAUCUUUGUAAACGGCGAGGAGCUGAAUUCCGAGGUGGAAGAACUGCUGCGUCCAGCUUACAUUCCCCUGAGCCCUAACGAUGGCCUACCGAACUUAAUAUGCGCUUCCUGUGUGGAAGAGCUCCGCAAUUGGCACCGGUUCCGACAGAAGUGUGACGAAUCGUACAAAUUGCUGGAACGUUUGCAGGAAUGCUCCAUCGAUGUGCUCGAAGAGGCGGAGAAAGUUUUCGUCGAAUCGACGGCACUGGUGACGAUAUCGGACACCGUUGGUAUCGAGGAACAGGAAAUUUUUGUUCAGGAUGAGCCUGUGAACGUAUUCAAACAGGAGCCGGAAGUAUUCAUCCAAGACGAUCCUGAUCCUGAUGAACUCAAGGAAGAUCAUCAGGACACAGGAACAGCUAAUCAAGAAUCUUCUACAACGUGUGUAAACAUCAAAGUAGAACCUGUUUCAUGUGCAGAGACUUUCUAUCGAGCCAAGCUCGUCGAAAAGCAGGUUCUGGGUGGAAAAAAGAAGCGCUACAUAUACCAUCGGCAGUGUCCAAUAUGUGGCAUAGUGCUGAAACGUGGCCUUAGAGAGCACAUAAUGAUCCACAACGAUCCCACGGGACGGCCAUUCAAGUGCGACAGCUGCCACAAGACGUACUGUCGUAAGGACAAUCUACGACAGCACCAGGAACGGGAACAUCUGCUCAUUCGCUAUCAUUGUGACAUUUGUGGGAAGAUAUUCAGCACCAGGGAUGUACUGAAUGCCCAUCGAAAGCUGCACAAUACCGAAAGUUUCAAAUGUGACCAGUGCGAUCAGGUGUUCAAGACGACCAAAUACCUGUACAAGCACAAACAGAAGCAUCUGGGGAUCAAGAAGUUUAUCUGCACAUAUUGCGGAAAAGGGUUUUUGGUUGGCGAGUAUCUCAAGGACCAUCUGCGGAUACACACGGGCGAAAAACCAUUCGAUUGUAAAAUAUGCGGCAAGCUUUUUCGUACAACAAACCACCUUAGACAGCACACACGGACUCACUCGAUUCCAGUUAUCUCAGAUCAGAAAAGUCCUAGUGAUGGCGAUAUCAGUAGGAACGAGAACAGUGUACUUCCUGAUAGCAUGUAGCUAAUAAAUUGGUUUUGUUACUAAACUAA